AUGGAGCCAGUCGUUUCUAUUCAUAGAGCCAAAGAAAGAAUUGAAAAAUUCGAGAAUGAGGACCAAAUUUCUCUGUGUUCAGAAAGUACUUCAAGCGUUAGCCCCAUUAAAUCCUUAUUCAGAGACUCAGUCCAAGCAUCUAAAAGUUCUUCUUUUGCCAACUCAUUACCGAAACUUUUUAACGGCAGUCAGCUUGAUUUUUAUAGUUUACUAACAGUCUACUCAAAUAUUAGCGGUUUAAAUAUUCUCAUCCCUGAAAGUAUGAUUAGGGAUGGAAAAACCCAGCUUAAUCAUAUGCUAUGGACUAAGAAAAAUGGUCAAGUUUGUUCAUAAUAAUAAAUGGCAUGCGCUUUGAAAUUAAUAAUUAUGAGUUGCAGUUUUCGCAGUAGCUCUUAUCCAGCUAUACAAGGCAUAAACUAGGGAUAGGCUCAUAUGACUUAUCCUUGGAUUUUAGGAGGGUUCUGACUGUCUAGGCACCUAAGGAGGGAAACUCUUAGGUCAGACAUAUCCAAGAGCCAAUGACAGAGUGAGUAGCAUGUUCUGUGAGGCUUGGUGGUGUGGGAGUUAGGGGUAGCGCAUAAAAAAGGGUGAUACCAUGAGUUCGGAUUUAUAAGGGCAGGUUGCAAUUAUAUUCGAGACGACAGGCUUAAAACUAAUUAAUAAGUAAGCCAAGUUUGCUCAAAACCAUGCCUAGAUUCUGAAUUUUUCGCCCUCAGCCAAAAUAAAAUUGACGAGAAUAUUCCAAUUUUCUGCUGUAAAGUAUUUCAAAAAGAAACAGAAUUCAUAUAUUCAGCAGAAACUGCUGAAAAAAUUUGAAGAUUUUCUCAUAAUGAAGCAACAAUGAUGCAAAACUUUAUAUGCCCUCAUUCCAACCCAGCAUCUAUAACAAGGGUUCUUUGGAAAUUUGGGAGAAAAAAUAAAUAUUUUUCGAUCAUAAGUAGGUUAAAGCAAUCUCUAGUUAAAAGAAGCAAAAAGAGAAAUACUCAGACAUUAAGCCAAAGCCCUGACAAAAGUAAUUCAUUUUACCUUUCUAACUUCAGGUACACCGAUAUGAUGCUGAAAACUACGAAGUCUCUUACUCCCCCAUUUAAUAACGAACUUUUUUUUUUUUUCGUUAUUAAAUGGGAUCUAACUUAUAACAUUUUUGGGAAAGGUUUUUAUAAAAAUUUCAAUCAAAGGGUUUGGUGGCUAUGGACAUAAUCAUGCAAGAUUUUCAAAGCACCAGCUUAAGAUUAAGCCACUAGCAACUUAUUAGCUCUUAUUUAUCAUUCUUUGUUCAAUUAUGCUUGUCCUUAUCUUACUCACUUACUUAAAAUUAGUAAAUUAUAAAGACUAAAUUAGCUUAUAUAAAUUUUAUAGUAAAUCUUGUUCGUUAUUAAAUGGGGCCUAACUCCCCCCUCCCUGAGUGAACAAAACCAUUAAAAAAAUCGCUAUUUUUUGCCCAAAAACCCACCCUCCGUGAGUGAACAAAAAUUGUUUUUUUAAUAGAAAAUAUUUUUAUGGAAAUAGAGCUAACUCUGUUUAAUUUUAAACGAAUUGCUUUUUAAAACAUAAAUUUUGCAAAUUGAAUUAAUAUUUGCUUUCCAAUUUUUGCGAAUUAGGAUUUUUUUAAAUUUCGAAAAAAAUAUUUUUAUAAAAUUUAUAUAUAAAUUUUUGUUAAAAAAAAAAAAAUUAACCCCCUCCGUGAGUGAACAAAAUUUUUUUGUUCACUCGCGGAGGGGGGAGUAAGGAAAAAUUUUAGGAAAAAAAAAUGACGGUUUUGUUCGCUAUUAAAUGGGGAGAGUUAAACAACCCAUACCGCAUUAAAGCUGUACAAAAGCCAAUCAAGAAAAGCAGCCUUUCUUUUAGCACUAAAAUAACUGGGAAUUUAAUGGGGACAAGAUCUGAAACUUUUAUUCAAAGUGAAAAAUCUGUCAAAACUUACUUUGUAAAUACAAAUACAAGCGAAGAUUUUUUUGUAAUCGAAAAUAAGCCAAAAAUUCAAGAAAUUGAUGACAUGGUCGAUCAAAUUGUAUCAUUUUUGAAUCAUUAUUUUUGCAAAGAGGAAAAACUAAAAGGCUUGAUCUUAGAUUUUAUUCAGAGUAAAGAUAGAAAAUGGGUUUUCCUAUCUUGCAAAGAAUAUACAACAAGUAAUAGCUCUCCAAUAGAAUACUGCAAUCCAAGGAUCAGGCAAUCAAAAACUGUUAUAGCUCAUGCACCUUAAUAGAUCUCUAUACCCCAGCAGAAUACCGACCAGAACAGGGCACCUGCCUUAUACAGUACAAGUCUGAUUAGGUACCUUAAAACCAUAAACGGAGACUAUCAUUUUCGUUUUUACUUUUCAAAAAAGCUGACAAGUACAAAUUAAUUUUUGAAAUUAAAAUGGAUGGCUAAUAAUGAUCUAAAAUAUUUCAAGGGAUAUACUCCUAGCAGAAUAAGAUCAUACUCUGAAAACAGCCAAGAAAUAAUGAAAGAAGACUCUAAUGAAAGUAUUGACCGUCCAUUAGAGUCAAUGAGAUGUAUAACACCAAGCAUUGAGGUUAAUUUGCCUUUUAAAAUUAAGUGCAACCCAAAACAGAACCGCACAAUGAUGAUUGCAAGCGAUAAAGAUUUGCUGGAGAGAUGCACCAAAGUGAACCAAAAAAUUGACUAUUUAGUGAAUCUUAAGCCAGUAAAACAGCUAAAAAGUGUUGAUUUCAAAGAGGAAAGCAUAAAAGCAUAUCAAAUGAGAUAUAACCUUAAUGCUUAUGCUACUUUUGAUCAAACUGCUAAAGCUUCCAACUAUCAUGAGUCUUUACAGACACUAUGCCCAGUAUUUAAUCAAAAAAGUGGCAGAAAUCCUAAAAACGCUUUGGUUGUAAAUAAAGUCAAUGAUCAUGCUAAAAGACAUUUGGCGGAGACCAGCGAUUCUCUUGAUGAAAUGAAAAUACAAUGCGAUCUGAUGAAAGUCAAAAAGAAAGAACUUAUACAAAGAUAUGGAGGGGAUGAAUUUUGAAAUAAAUUUAUAAUAUCGCUUUAUAAAAAGCUGAUCGGAAACAGCUCACUGAGCAAGUAUUUUAUGUGCACAAGCAUGAACAUGAUCAUACAAGGCAUGUUUAAAGUUUUUAAUGGAAAUACUACAUUAGAAUUCAGAAGAUCUGUAAGAUCUGUCCAUCAAAAUCUUAAAAUCCCAGAAAAGGAUUUUGACUGCUAUGCGAAUACUUUUUAUAGCACUUUGAAAGAAUUUGAGAUUGAGGAAGAAGACCGUCAAAUAAUUAUGACGCAAAUUAGAUCUAUGAAAUGUUUGAUAUGCAAAUAA